CUCCGUCCCCCAUGAUCACCUCUGUCACCCCGACCUUUGACCCCGACACCUCUCUCAGCCUGGAGGCGGAGCUUCAGAACCAGGUGGAUGGGGGCUCCUCACCUGGCCUGGGCCCCAGCAAAAGCAGCCUCGCUGGGGGAGGAUCUUACCUCGGAAGGGACCCCCAUAGGUCAAAUAAACCCCCCCCCCUUCACACUGGAGCUGAUUGGAAGGUCGUCCUCCACCUGCCGGAGAUCGAGAAGUGGCUGAGAGCGACGAGCGACCGAGUCACACAGCUCACACACUCUGUGAGCCAGGACCGAGACAACAGACACGUGGACGUCCACCUGGUGCAGCUCAAGGACAUCUGUGAGGACAUCUCGGACCAUGUGGAGCAGAUUCACGCCCUGCUGGAGACCGAGUUCUCCCUGAAGCUCCUGUCCUACUCUGUCAACAUCAUCGUAGACAUCAGGACGGUGCAGCUGCUCUGGCACCAGCUCAGAGUCUCGGUUCUGGUUCUGAAGGAGCGUCUGCUUCAGGGCCUGCAGGACUCCAACGGAAACUUCACCAGACAGACAGACAUCCUGCAGGCCUUCAGUCAGGAUCAGGACCAGACUCGCCUGGACGCUCUGACGGAGGAGGAUGAUUUCGGUCAGCUGACCAUCCGCUGCAGCCAGGACUAUUUCUCUCUAGACUGCGGCAUCACGGCCUUCGAGUUGAGCGACUACAGCCCCGGAGACGAGUCUGAGGCUCGAGAAGCUGAGGUGGAAGGAGAGGACGUCGCUCAGGAGCCCGAAACAACUCAAGUCCCACAUCCAGAACCAGAGGAAGAACCAGAACCAAAGGGGGAAGACGUCGCUCAGAAACCCGAAAAAACUCCAAACCCACAUCCAGAUCCAGAACUAGAACCAGAGGAAAGUCUCCACAGUCUCUCAAACCACAAAUUCCACAACAGUAUACCAGAACUCCCAAACCCCGCCGACUCAACAAACCACAACCUGUCUGUAUUACCCACAAUGCAAUGCAAUGAGAGUGCAAAGCGCCACAACAGCACUGAAGUGUCACCAACACAGCCGUCACGCCCCAAAAGAGCCGCUGUGUUCUCGAACGGAGGGGGAGAGGGAUCCAGGGGAGGAACGGGGAACGAAAGCCCCAUUUCUGGGCUUCAUUCCCAGGCCGAGUUGAGCCGCAGCACCCCCUCCCUCGUGGAUCCUCUGGACCGAUCAAAGUUCUGGUUGGAGCUGGACUCGGUUUAUCCAGAAGACGUUUCUCAGUCCUACGAGAGUCUGCAGAUCAUGAACGGGCGAAACGUCCAGAGAAACCGCUUGAGCUCCAGACAGGGGGGGGCGCUCUCAGAGACCGAUGCCCGAUCACAGGAGCUCAUCUUGGGCCAAAACAAGCACCGAAGCCCCCCUGCCUCCUGGAGCCCCACGGUCUCAGGCUGAGAUAUCCAGACAAGAUGAGAGGAGGCAGGGGGUGGAGGAUACACUCAGUGAGGGGGACUCUGACUCCUCGUUGCCUUCCCCCAUGAGGGAGCAGUUCCUCUCCUCAGACAUGGAAGCGUCCGGAGAGGAAUCAGAACCCCGACCGAGGCCCGGAAACACGGCCGUUUGGAUCGUGAAACGCCCCGGGAAGAAGCAGCAGGGGAGCCAGGUGUCGUCAGGAGUCGACCCACAGAGAGAGCACUGGUACGGGUCAGAAGAGUUCCUCGCUCUCCCCGCUCAGCUCCGGAAAACUGAGAUGCUC